AUGACAGCGAUUGUUUCAACGACGCUGGCAAGGAAGGAACCUACAGCUCGCGUGAAAAAUGGCACCCUCGAAGGACUAUACGCGAAAGCGUACCAUCAGGAUUACUUUCUAGGAAUACCUUAUGCUCAACCACCAGUAAAUGAGCUGCGGUUUCGACAAGCUCAGUCGCUUAACACUAGCUGGAAAGGUCUAAGGGAGGCAAAGGAGUUUUCGAAGCUUUGUGUUGGCUAUGGCCUUGAUCAAACGUUCUACGAGACGUCUGAAGACUGUCUCUAUCUCAACGUCGUGCGUCCGGCAGGCUACGAGGGCAAGAAACUUCCGGUGGGUUUCUGGAUUCAUGGCGGUGGAUUCCAAAACGGCGGUGGUCCUGACCAACGUUAUAAUCUCUCUUUCAUUGUGGACCAGUCUGUAUCGAUUGGAAAACCAAUCAUAGCCGUCUCGCUCAACUACCGGCUCAGCCUAUGGGGGUUUGCCAGCUCUAAUGAGCUCGCACGGGAAGGAUCGCUCAAUAUUGGUCUUCGAGAUCAGCGCCUUGCUCUUCAUUGGGUGCAAGAGAACAUUGCCGCAUUUGGUGGUGACCCUAAGAAGGUGACCAUUUGGGGGGAGUCUGCCGGUGCGGCUAGCGUUGGCUUUCAGCUCACUGCCUAUGGCGGGCGCAAUGACCAUUUAUAUCGGGCAGCCAUUAUGCAGUCUGGUGGUCCAAUUCUUUAUGGCGCGCAAGGUGGCGCAAACAAGACUCAGGCGGCUUUCGACGAGAUCGCCUCUCAAGUUGGAUGCGCUUCAUCUACUUAUCGCCUCGAAUGCCUUCGCAAUGUUCCCUUUGAUGCACUGAAUGCGACAAUGGCUGGAGAUCUUUUCAACACCGCCGGAUUUGGAGUAGUCACUGACGGCGACUUUGUUCAGGAUUACGGCAGUAUUCAGCUCAGCCGUGGGCAGUUCACCAAAGUACCUAUCAUGAUCGGUGCCAACAGCGACGAGGGUGCCUCUUUCGCUCCAUAUGGCAUUAACACCACCGAGCAAUUCGAAGCUAGCUUAUCCGCUCUUCCCGAAGCUUAUAGAAAAGACAUACUGAAGGCUUAUCCCGAUGAUCUAGGCGUUAAUAUCAUCCAGAGCCUUGGUGAUCAGCGACCAUCGCCUCGAUUUGGAAACCAAUUUCGGCGUGUAGCGACGUAUAUUGGGGACUACAUCUUCAUUGCGCCCGCGCGGCAGACUGCGCACACAUGGGCGUCGCACGGACUCCCUACCUACAAGUUCCGGUUCAACGCUGACCAGAAAGUGUUUGCUCCUGAGUUGCGCGUUAAUCACUUUAAAGAGAUUCCUUACGUGUUCCGCAACAUAGAUGGCGAAGGAUUUAGGCCGGAUAUCAAGCCUUUCACAGGAGCUGGGCAGAACUACAUCGAUUUGGCAUACUUGAUGAGCUCAACUUGGGCUAGUUUCAUACAUGAUCUGGACCCUAAUGAUUGGAGAGGAAGAAGCAAUAAGAUCCCGGAAUGGCCUAAGUAUACUGUUGGUAGUCCACAGGACUUCGUCCUUGACGCGAACAUCACCAGCUACCCUGAGAGGGAUACUUACAGGAAAGAGGGGAUGAAUCUCAUUAACAGCAACGCUCUGAAGAUCUACUCGAGGUAG